GUGGGGGGAACAGGAGCAGGACAGAGCAGCGAGAGGCCGCGGUUGAACAAUGUCUGACGUGGAAAGUGGAAAGAGAGAGUAACAAACUUACGGGAGAUUUAAAUAACAGCUUUUGAGAGCCCGACCCGUCGCCACUGUCUCUCGGCUGCUAGUGACUGGACACACGAUGAGUCUGGACAAAGCAGAGCCGUGUGACUCACUGCUGACCUGGAUCCAGACGUUUCGGGUGCCGUCGUCCACCAGCAAGGAGGACCUGACGAGCGGGGUGGCCGUUGGACACGUGCUGCACAGAAUAGACCCCUCUUGGUUUAAUGAGACGUGGCUGGGCAGGAUCAAGGAGGACAGCGGGGACAACUGGCGCCUCAAGGUCAGCAACUUAAAAAAGAUUCUUAAGAGCAUGCUGGACUAUUACCAUGACGUGCUCGACCACCAGAUAUCGGAUGUGCACAUGCCAGACGUGAACCUUAUCGGGGAGAUGGGAGACGUCACUGAACUGGGCAAGCUGGUGCAGCUCGUACUGGGUUGUGCUGUCAGCUGUGAGAAGAAACAAGAGCAAAUCCGGCAGAUAAUGACACUUGAGGAAUCUGUCCAGCACGUCGUGAUGACAGCCAUUCAGGAGCUCUUAUCAAAGGAGCCUUUGUCUGAACCUGGGAGCCCAGAGACCUACGGGGACUUUGACUACCAGUCCAGGAAGUAUUACUUUCUAAGCGAGGAGGCAGACGAGAAGAUGGACCUGAGACAGCGAUGUCGAGACCUGGAACAUCAGCUGUCGGCGGCUCUGGAGGAGAAGUCGUUCCUCCAGGCGGAGACGCGCUCGCUGAAGGAGAAGCUGAGUGGCUGCGACUCUCUGGACGCCUCCGCCUCGGCCAUCACCGGCAAGAAGCUGCUGCUGCUGCACAGCCAGAUGGAGCAGCUGCAGGAGGAGAACUACAGGCUGGAUAACAGCAGGGAUGACAUGCGUGUGCGGAGCGAGAUACUGGAGCGCGAGGUGGUCUACCUGCAGCUGCGGAACGAGGAGCUGACCAGCCUGGCGCAGGAGGCCCAGGCGCUCAAAGACGAGAUGGACAUCCUCAGGCACUCGUCUGACCGGGUGAACCAGCUGGAGGCGCUGGUGGAGACGUACAAGAGGAAGCUGGAGGAUCUGGGAGACCUGCGCCGGCAGGUGCGCCUCCUGGAGGAGCGCAACACGGUGUACAUGCAGCGCACCUGCGAGCUGGAGGAGGAGCUGCGCCGGGCCAACGCCGUCCGCAGCCAGCUGGACGCCUACAAGAGACAGGUCCACGAGCUCCACGCCAGGCACUCGGCCGAGGCCAUGAAGGCGGAGAAAUGGCAGUUUGAGUACAAGAACCUCCACGACAAGUUUGACGCAAUGCAGAAAGAGAAAGAACACCUGGUCUCCGAGAGAGACACCCUGCGCGAGACCAACGACGAGCUCCGCUGCGCCCAGGUCCAACAGCGCUGUUUCAGUGCAUCUGGAGACUUGUGUGACAGCGGUGUCACAGUUGGAAACCUCGCUGCGGAGAUCAUGCCCACUGAGCUCAAGGAGACGGUGGUGCGUCUGCAGAGCGAGAACAAGAUGCUGUGCGUCCAGGAGGAGACGUACCGGCAGAGGCUGGUGGCGGUGCAGACGGAGCUGGAGGAGGCGCAGCGCGGCAAGAACGUCCUGGAGACUCUCAACAGACUCAACGAGCAGCAGAUCUCAGAGCUGCGUUCCCAGAUCGAGGAGCUCCAGAAGACGCUGCACGAGCAGGACUCCCGUGUGUCCUCUGUCCUCUCCUCUUUACUGAAGAAAAAGCUUGAGGAGCAUUUGGAGAAGCUCCACGAAGCGCACUCUGACCUCCAGAGGAAAAAGGAGGAGCUCGACGACCUCGAGCCCAAAGUGGACGGCAACAUGGUGAAGAAGAUAGACGAGCUCCAGGCGAGCCUGCGGAAGAAGGACGAGGACAUGAAGCAGAUGGAGGAGCGAUACAAGCGCUACGCGGAGAAGGCGAGAACGGUGAUCAAAACGCUGGACCCAAAGACGCAGCCGGUACCGGGCACGCCGGACGUUCAGGCGCUGAAGAACCAGCUGACGGAGAAACAGAGAAAGAUCAAACACCUGCAGCACGACUACGACAAGAGCCGAGCGCGGCACGACCAGGAGGAGAAGCUCAUCAUCAGCGCGUGGUACAACAUGGGCAUGGCGUUGCACCAGAGGGUGUCCGGCGAGCGGCUCGGCCCCUCCAACCAGGCCAUGUCCUUCCUCGCCCAGCAGAGACAGUCCACCAACGCCCGGAGAGGCCUGACCCGACUCCACCCGAGAUGAGGAGGCGUCCGGGCAAGAGAGGGAGAGAGCACACACACACACACACACUGCUGGAAGGAAGCACGGAGAUGAUCUGGUAAUCGUGGGAGACUUCUCCUGAACUCCCUGUAUCUUUUUCUUUUCUUUUUUUGGUGCCUUUAAUGCCUUUUUCAACUGGAUGGCUGCUCCGAGUAUUCCUCAUGCCGCUGCUGCCCCCUGCUGGCUCGUUAUGGUACUGCAAUGUUUAUGUUCUCUGGAGAGAGAGAGAUGCUCUCUGCUGUUGACUAGAUUCUCCCUCACAAAAAAGCAGAACUGAAAGAAGAGGGAGAAAAGAAGCCGUCUCACCUUUUUUAAGGUGUCUUUUUAUUACCUCCGUAGCCUCGCGGACCGUUUCUUUAAGGUCCGUUUUAACUCUUUUUUUUGUUGUCUUUUACGUUAUUGAAUAGAACGAGGACUGUUAGACGAGAGUCGGGGGGGUCGGGGUCAGUCGUUUAAGUGCUGCGGCGGACGUAAAGCCACGCGUCUAAUGUCUCAAGACUGGAAGCCGAGCGCCACGUUCAGCCGUCAGUUCAUCUUCUUGGUUUUGUUCAUCCGUUUUGAAUUGUCUUAUAUUUUUGUUCUCUUAACCGUGUGUUUUGACUUCAGUUUAAUCUUUUUUCUGUUAUGUUUGACGGACCUCGACAAGAUGCAUUGACCAUAUGUGUGUGUGCGCGUCAGCGGCUUUCAGUCUCUGCUAUUUUUUUUAUCCACGUGAAUCUUUUCCUCCAAAGUGAAUAUUCAUAACUAGAAAGCACUUUCCUAGAAGGGUUAGUUUGUUUAGUGCCUCUCAGAAAACAUUAAUAAUGCUCUCUAGGUUUGAGAUGUCGACCCCCCCACAACCCCUCACACUGCAGGCUCCUGAUCAUAUGAGACAGAGUCCUGCUUGUGAUUUGUUUUUUAAUGUUCUCUAAAUAUGAAUUUUAUAAUUACUAUUUUAAAAUAUUUGUCUUUAGUUUUACUUCCCCCCCCAAGCCCUUCUUCCCAAAGCUUGAAGCGGCGUCGGUUGUGGGUCGGUCCUAAUUGCACUCACCACUUUAGAAACGGAUGUGAACACGGGCAACUUGAAGGCCUCCUACUUUAUACGUCACGAAAACUGGAAAACCCAACGUGGGCGAGUCCGUAACGAUAAUAAUGAUCGUGAAGACUCGGCUUCCGGCUGUUCACCGCUGCUAGACCUCAUCAGGGUUCAACUGGAAUGAAACUAUCAAUAAGCUGGAGUCCGUAAAUUGUGUGUGUAAUAACACAUGUAUCAACACUACCGUCACUGCGGUCGGAGUCCCCCUCGUCGUGUGGGUUUGACUCCGCCCCUCUCGUCCGAGCUGCCGCUCCCCGUGACGUCGGCGCCAUGCGCUACGCGGACCGGAGUCCUGCUGUGGUGGUCUACGCGUUUCUACUGGUUUUGUUUUUCAUAGUCUAGAGUCUGUUUAUUUAUGGCGUCGCGCCACUUCCUGUGCUCUACAUCCGCAUGUGUUUUUGUUUGUCGUGUAAUGACGGUCGCGUAGUCCACGGGUCGACUCAUCACGGGGGUCUGAGGCGAGUUGAGGAUCUGUAGUUCUCUGUUCUACUUUUGCACUACAAAUAAAUGGGAUCUUAAGAAGAGAAA